CUAAUGGAUCUGAACGCAAACGUACGUGUGUGUGUGGGCUGCCGAGAUGGGACGGCCCACCUGGACCGACUAUAUAAGAACCGGACGAUUGAGAAGAGGCCACGAAACCGACAGGAGAAGAUCCAAACACACUCAACUCUUCCAUCAACCGGACGUGUGUGAUCAGAACUGGAAGAAGCUGUCGAAAUGAAAGGCGUCCAAUGUCUUGCUGGUCUUCUUCUGUUCAUCUAUGUUCAAAACAGCAUCUGUGUCCCACUGCAGGAUGACAGCACAAGCACAGAGACAGUAGAAAGUCUUCCGGCGAGGGGUAAGAGACAUUCUGAGGGAACUUUCUCCAAUGACUACAACAGGAGAGCACAAGACUUUGUUCAGCGGCUCAUGACCUCAAGGAGAAACGGUGUUGCAGACAACAGAGUCAUUAAUUUGGCGGGCAGGAGGCAUGUAGAUGGCAGUUUCACCAGUGACGUCAACAAGGUCUUGGACAGCAUCGCUGCCAAAGAGUAUUUACAAUGGGUGAUGAACUCCAAGACAUCAGGGACAAGUGGCAAGCGUGGUGGAAAUCAAUGAGGAACCAGUGGGCUUUCCUGUGAGAGCUAAAAUUUGGAUCCAGACAGGGGUUUGAUCAUCAAAAUGAAUGAAAGCCAUAUCGCUUACAGGCAAAAUGGAUGCAACUCUUGAAAUCAAGUCAUUUUAUUGUAUUUUUUUAUUUAAAAAAAAAAAAUUUGAGCGCUGUGGUUGUUAUUUAUUUUCCCUUAGAACAUCAUGUAAGUUAUAAAAAAAAAUAACAAGAAAUGUUUUCUAUAGAUUUGAACUAUUUUUUAUGUGUGCGAUAAAAACAAACUGUGGUGAAUGCAUUAACAAUAAAUAAACUUUUUCAUAUUCCACCGGA